CAUGGCCUCUUUCAGGUUUCUCUGAUACCAGUUCAGAAAGGACAAUAAAAAACAAUCCUAAUGUCAACCUUUUAAAGUGCUUUCUAUUUUAAUGACAUAGGGUAUGGUCAACGCGAUGCUACAAACGCUUUGAAGCGUUUUUUAAUUGGACUUAUGUAGGUAUAUGUAAAUGGAAAGUAUCCAUGCAUAACAUUAUACAUAACCUCAUCAGUAUGACAGCAUUGAUAGUCGCAUGGUCCAUUUAUUCGCAUAUGUUGCAAACAAAAAUAGAGGAUGGAUCACGAGGAUGAAUUCCUUAAUGCCUUCUUCACACAGGUCGCUCAAUUAUGCUCCGAUAAGGCUAAGGAAACAGUUGAGAAAGAAAGGGAAUCAUGUAAGCAGAUGCAAAUGGGUCCAUGGGGAAUGCUGCUGUUGCAUUUACCACAGAUAGCUGUUGCAGAGCGUUCAUAUGCGGAUUUAGGUUUCCUCAAUACUAAAAAUAAAGGUUUUCUUAGGAAGGAUAAUUCUUUAAAGACUGUCUAUGAAUCACUGAAGUCUGAUUUGAAAAGAUUAGAGGAAAUGACUAAGGGAACAAAUUCCAUUGGUACGGCAGUCGCAAAUGUUUCCAGUCAGCUCUGUCAGUUCAUCACGGCAAGAAUCCAGCUGAUAGAUUUCUACGAAAAAAUGUACAAUAUGAGUGUAAAUAGCAAAGUUAUGAAGCAUCAAGAAUUGCUGCAGUAUAUAGAAGGAAUAGUAAAAUGUUAUUUGUUAUCCUGUUCUCAUUUGGCAUUAACUGCUAUCAAAACAAGUUUAACAUUAGAAUGUGAAAUACUAGUACAAUUAAUGAAAGCACAAGUGGAAGUUCAAAAUUGGAGAUUUUUACCAACUCUGAUGGCACUCUACGGAGCGCAAACGCGAAUGUCAGCUUGGGAAAGAACUCUGCAGAGCAAGGAGUCUUGGAAAUUGGGUUUUGGUGCGACAUUUCUCAAGGCAAAUCAACAACCAGCGCUGUACCAAUGGCUGAUGAAGCUCCGUAGUGCCAUAUUAGCUAAGUGUUCUCUGUAUUUCCACACUACUUUAAGCCAACAAGCUAGUCCAGGGGAAAUGAGGAGUAUUAUGAGCAAGCAGAGUAUAGAUUACUAUCAUAAGAUACAGAGUUUUCAACGAAAAUACGAUAUACUAGCGGUAUUGAUAAUCUUCGACUCCAGAGAAACUGAAAAUUCAGGUUCUGGAUAUAGACAUCCAGGAAGAGGAGCAAACUCUUUUGAGAGUUUUCCCGUUGUUGUUUGUUGUCCUAGUACAUUCACGCAGAAACCAUCAGUACACUUGGAUAAUAUCCAGACUAAGAUAAAGGAACGACACGCCGAACUUCUUACUAUGGACAAAGUAAUUUGCCAUAAAAGUAUGAAGGAUUCGUGUACAUAUUCUUUCCACAACACUGAUCCCACAAUGACUCUCGUGAUUGCAUUUGAAAACGGGAAACAAAAGGAUAAAGAAACCCACAUUACAUCGUUUAUGAUGGACCUCUCUAUGCAAAUUAGAUGCAAUAAGAUGAACAGAAUGGACCAAUCACGGAUCGACAUAGAUUACGACAAAACGACAUUUGAUAAAUUACAUACAGCGUAAAAAAAUCUCAAUCAGCGUAACACUUAAAAUAUAGCUCAAUCAGCUGAUCCCAGCUGUUCCAGCGGCUGAUCAUUCGGUAAGUUGGCACCAUCUACCGAGAAAUGCCUGACACUAAUUAUAUUUGCGAAUAUAUUUUUCAAUUUUCAGCAUUUUCAAGAUAUCGCAAUAAUGGCUGCGUUCAGCAGAAAAAGCAACUUUGCAAUUGUUGUAAAAUUCUUUAAUAUGAUUAGUCUUGCCCUUAGUUCCACUGGAUCUAAAUGUAUAAACCAAUGUGUCAGGCAUUUCUCAGUAGAUGGUGCCAACGUACCGAGUGCGAUCAGCUGCCGGAACAGUUGGGAACAGCUGAUUGAGUUGAUAUUUUAAGUGUUGUGCUGAUUGAGAUUUUUUUACGCUGUAUGUAAUUUAUCAAACGUUAUUUCAUCGUAAUCUGCGUCGAUCCGUGAUUGGUCGUGUACGUGAAAUCGCGUCUUUUAUGUUUUUGCAGUGAUAAGACUGGACGAGGCGCAGUUUUGCGGAUUUGCGGCGUUGCGAGGUUAUGUGCCAGAAGUAUCACGAGCGUUUUGUGUAUCUCUCAUCUUCGGGACGCAACAAAGAUCAAUAGAGUAUUGAAUCAACUUUCCAACUGAAGUAUCAGUGAGAUAUUGUCGGUGAGGAUACAAAAA